AUUAAUAAUUAUAUUUAAAAUGUCUCUUUAAAUGUGUUGAAUUUACCUCUUUAACCAUGAUUUAGUUUAAUUGUUUCCAUAUAAUUUUUUUUUUUUUAAUUUUAACUUGUUGUUUAACUCACAUUUGUAAGAGGUGAUUUGAGUUCAACAAUAUUUAUUCCUGAUGAUAGCAGAGCAUGAAAAGAUGUGGCUUACUACAAAAGAAGCAAGUGCAAUUAGUGCCGAAGAUGUGGUGUCUAGAUUAAGAGUCAGUUUUAGGAGUGGAUUAUCUUGGAAAGAAUGUGAAUUUAGAAGACAGAUGACUGGAUACAAUGAAUUUUCAGUUCAUCAAGGAGAUCCACUAUGGAAAAAAUAUAUUGAACAGUUUAGAAAUCCAUUGAUACUUCUUUUGCUAGCAUCAGCUGUAGUAAGCGUAUGUAUGAAACAAUUUGAUGACGCCAUCAGUAUUACUACAGCUAUUAUCAUUGUUGUUACUGUAGCUUUUAUACAAGAAUAUAGGUCUGAAAAGUCAUUAGAAGCRUUAACAAAACUUGUACCACCUACAUGUCGAUGCCUYCGGGAGGAACAAUUAGAAUCUAUGCUUGCAAGAUCGUUGGUACCUGGUGAUAUUGUUUAUUUAAGCACUGGUGAUAGAGUCCCUGCUGAUAUUAGACUUUUCGAGGCCAUUGACUUAGCUAUAGACGAAAGUAGUUUUACUGGGGAAACAGAACCAUGUAUGAAAACAACAGAGUUAGUUUUGAAUCCAGUUAGUCACACAUCAAUGAAAAACAUAGCAUUCAUGGGUACGUUAGUACGGUGUGGGAAUGGUAAAGGAGUUGUGGUAAAUACAGGAGAAAAAUCGGAAUUUGGCGAACUUUUCAAGUUAAUGCAAAGUGAAGAAGCACCAAAGACCCCUUUGCAGAAUAGCAUGGAUAUUCUGGGUACUCAGUUAUCGGUGUAUUCUUUCUUUAUUAUUGGUUUGAUAAUGAUGCUUGGUUGGAUUCAGGGCCGACCUAUUUUAGAUAUGUUUACUAUUGGUGUCAGUUUGGCUGUAGCUGCAAUACCAGAAGGCUUACCUAUAGUUGUAACUGUGACUUUGGCACUUGGUGUAAUGCGUAUGGCUAAUAGAAAAGCUAUUGUGAAGAAAUUACCAACUGUUGAAACUUUAGGAUGUGUUAACAUAAUAUGUUCUGAUAAAACUGGCACCAUAACCAAUAAUGAAAUGACUGUAACUACAAUAAUUACUUCUGAGGGAUAUUAUGCUGAUGUUUCUGGAACUGGUUACAAUGAUCAAGGCGAAGUUCAUUUACUUAAAUCUUUCUCUUCAGAUCAAGCAAAACUAGCUAUAUAUAAUUUAUUAGAAGUCGGAGUUAUUUGCAAUAAUGCAACUAUCAAUGGAGAUACAUUACAGGGGCAGCCAACUGAAGGGGCUCUUUUAGCAGUUGCUAUGAAGAAUAGAAUGUAUGGUAUUAGUGAAAGAUACUUAAAACUUCAAGAAUAUCCAUUUAGUUCUGAACAAAAACUUAUGGCUGUGAAAUGUGUUAAUAAAUACGAUGAUGUUAAAGAAGAAAUUUAUUUUGUCAAAGGUGCUUUAGAAAAAGUCUUGAAACAAUGUACAAAAUAUUCUAAUGGAAAUGAAAAACUAUUAUUAAGUAGUAAAAAAGAACAAGAUAUAUUUACUGAAGCAUAUGAAAUUGGUAGAAAAGGACUUAGAGUUAUUGCAUUAGCCAAAGGAGAUUCUUUACAAGAUUUGGUUUAUUUGGGAUUAGUUGGAAUUUGCGAUCCUCCAAAACCAUUUGUUAGAGAAUCCAUAGAACAGUUGUAUAAUUGUGGAGUUAAAGUAAAAUUAGUCACUGGAGAUGCUCAAGAAACUGCAGUUGCCAUUGGAAGUAUGAUUGGCUUGGAUAUGAUUCAUGGACAAACCAUGUCUGGCCAACAAAUUGAUAAUAUGUCUGAUCAUCAACUAAAAGCAAUGGUAAACAAUGUAUCUGUUUUUUACCGUGUUACACCUCGCCACAAAUUAACAAUAAUCAAGGCAUUACAAGCAAAUGGUAAUGUUGUUGGAAUGACAGGUGAUGGAGUUAAUGAUAGUGUUGCAUUGAAAAAAGCUGAUAUUGGAAUAGCUAUGGGUAAAAAUGGAACAGAUGUUUGUAAAGAAGCAUCAGACAUGAUACUAGUUGAUGAUGAUUUCCAAACAAUUGUGGCAGCUAUUGAAGAAGGGAAAGGAAUAUUCUUCAACAUUCGAAAUUUCGUGAAGUUUCAACUUAGUACUAGUAUUGCCGCAUUAUCUUUAAUUGCUUUAGCAACCAUUUUUAGAAUACCAAAUCCAUUAAAUGCCAUGCAAAUAUUAUGGAUUAAUAUUAUAAUGGAUGGACCACCUGCCCAAAGUCUUGCUGUUGAACCUGUUGAUAAAGAUGUUGUAAAACAAGGUCCUCGAAAUGUUAAAACACCAAUGAUAACAAAAACACUCGUGCUAAAUGUUCUUUUUUCAGCUUCAAUUAUAAUUGUUGGAACUCUUUGGGUUUUUAAGCGAGAAUUAAGCGACAAUGAUGUGUCUAAGAGAGACACUACAAUGACAUUUACAUGUUUUGUUUUUUUUGAUAUGUUUAAUGCUCUUAGCUGCCGUUCACAGACRAAGUCAGUUUUUACUAUUGGGUUGUUUUCUAACAAAAUGUUUCUUGUUGCUGUUACACUUUCUAUUGUUGGACAAAUGUUAGUGAUAUACUUUCCACCAUUACAGAAUGUAUUUCAGACAGAAGCACUUACUUUAUAUGAUAUUUUACUUUUAUUGGGAUUGACAUCAAGUGUUUUCAUUGUAUCAGAAAUAAAAAAAUUUUUUGAGAGACAUUUACAAAAAAGGCUAACUAGAGCACCCAAAAAACAAAUGGCAUUUGUGUAAUKAUAUUGAAACUUCUACUCUUGGUUACAUUAUGAAUGGUAUUAAAACAAUUAUAAUAUUAAUAAUACCCAAUUAUAAAUUAAAUGACAAUCGAAUAGUUAUAAUACAUAGCGUUAUGUUCAUAUUUUUUUUAUAUAUUUAUUGAUGCAAUAUAAAUCUCAUGUUUUUAGGUUGUGUAUUUGCAUAUUUUAGUUCCUUUCUUCUUUUAUUGACUUAAAUAUUUGUUAUUAUUAAUAUUAUUAUAUGUGAAUCCAAAGUUUUAUCUAUUGGUUGUUUAAUGCCUUAAUUGUCUUCUACUAUUAAAAUGUGWUGUAUAAGAAGGAAUAUAUUUGUGUAUU